AUGGCCUCCGACUCCCAAAUCGGCCAACGCCUCUCGUAUGACGGUGCCCUCUGCACUGUUCGAUAUGUCGGCCAAGUCGCAGGGACAAACGGUGUCUGGCUUGGCGUAGAAUGGGACGACCCGUCAAGAGGGAAACACGACGGAUCUCACAAGGACGUCCGAUAUUUCAGCUGCAAAUCUAAGUCUCAAACGGUAGCAUCGUUUGUUCGGCCAUCGCGGCCGGCUGAGAAGCCACGUACAUUUCUGGAGGCUCUUCACCAGAAGUACUCCUCCGAGGUGACCAAGGACCAGAAGAUCAUCUCCUCGGGGCCAGCGAUCGUUAUUUCUGGCAAGGUUGCUGAAGAGGUCGGCUUUGACAAGAUUCGUCGCCAGCAGGCACAGCUUCAUGAGCUGAAAGUCGUCAUCCUGGAUGGCAUGCGCGUGUCGACCGCUACGGCGGCCAAUGGUCAGGAGAAGCCCAUCAAAGACAUCUGCCCCAAAGUAGUCGAGCUAGAUCUAAGUCGCAAUCUGUUCUUGAAGUUCGCAACGGUAGUCGAGAUUUGCGCACAGCUAGGCUCGUUGCGAAGCUUACGUGCUAAUGGCAAUCGUUUUCAACAUGUUUUAGAAGACGAAGAGUUGCAACGCUCUGAGGCUGUCUUCCGUGGCAUCAAGGAGCUUGCCCUGGACGAGACACUCCUCACAUGGGAGGAGAUAUGUCACAUUGCAGCUCAAUUCAGUGCCCUCACUACCCUACUCCUCAGCACUAACCAGCUUUCCUUUUUACCUGCAAUGCCCAGUUCGUCACUCACAUCAACUCUCACCUCCUUGAACUUGGAGUACAAUGACUUCACAUCGCUGUCGGAUCUUGCUAGCCUGACGGCGAUCAAAUCUCUACGAAAUCUUCAUCUCAAAGGCAACAAUAUCAGCAGUAUAACUACUGAUGCAACAGCUCCACCGCCAGUUUUCAGCAACAACCUGCACUAUCUAGACUUGUCCUAUAACCAGGUAUCUACCUGGUCCUUUAUUGAUGCCCUCCCAUUGACAUUCCCUGGUUUAGCCUCCCUCCGCUUCGCUCAUAACCCUAUAUAUGACAAUCCAGCCUUUGAGUCGGACUCCACAGUACCCUCAUCAACGGGAGCGAAGGCUACUAUCACUGAGGAGGCCUAUAUGAUUACAGUCGCACGACUAGCAUCUCUUAAAUCUCUUAACUUCAGUACAAUCACGGCUACCGAUCGCACCAACGCCGAGAUGUUCUACCUAUCGCGAAUUGGGCGUCAGCUCUCCUCGGUCCCGCAAAGCCCCGAGGCAGAAGCCAAAGUCAUUGCUCAGCAUCGACGCUAUGCGGAGCUGUGCGAGCUAUUUGGAGAGCCGGUAGUUGUGCGACAACGAGAAAUUAAUCCGGCCUUCUUAGAAGCGCGGUUGAUUGACGUCAAAUUUCGCUUUCAUAACGGGCCUGACCAUGAUGGUGGCAAUGCCGCAAAUGCUGUAGAGAAGCGAGCUCAAAUUCCCAAAUCAUAUGACAUCUACGCCGUCAAGGGUAUUGCAGGACGUUUGUUUGGUUAUACACCACUCAAACUGCGACUAAUCUGGGAAACGGGAGAAUGGGACCCCGUGGCUGGGUUUGACGACGAGGCAGACGACAGCAGUGAUGAUGAAGAGAUGGAAGUAGAGAAAGAGAGAGAAGGUGAUGGGCAGUCAAACACAGGAUACCAAACCGACAAGAGAGCUGGCAAAUGGGUCAAGCGAGAGGUGGAACUGAGAGAUUCUCCAAGGCAAUUUGGUUUCUGUGUGGACGGGCUCGAUGUCACAAUCAGAGUUGAAACGAGAUAG